AUGUCUGGACCGCUCCGCCUGAAACUCAACUGUAUUGUCUUGGGCGAUAAUCCUCGCCGUAUUUUCCCGGUCGAUAUUGAGCGGACGGAGAUUGUCGGCGACCUCAAAGAGGUCAUCAAAGACAAGAAAAGGCCGGAGUUUGACCAUGUUGCCACUGACCGUCUUGAGUUAUGGAAGGUCGACCUGCCUAUCGACGAGAUGAUUGAGCACAAUCUCAACAAUCUUACACUUGACCCAACGAAAUCCCUAUCACCUGUGGAUGAAAUGGUAGAGAUUUUUCCCGACGCUCCUCCGCGCAAGUAUCUGCAUAUAAUUAUCCAAUGCCCGCCUGCCGUGUCUUCCGGACCGCUCCGCCUGAAACUCAACUGUAUUGUCUUCGGCGAUGAUCCUCGCCAUAUUUUCCCAGUCGACGUUGAGCGGACGAAGACUGUCGGUGACCUCAAAAAUGUUAUCAAGGUCGCUAAGAAGCCAGAGUUUGACCAUGUUGCCGCCGACCGUCUUGAGCUAUGGAAGGUGAGUGAUCUGAUGCCUACGUUACGGAACUCGAUCAUGGACGGAGGCGUCGAGCUGCGCCCGUUAACCGAGCUGUCCGAUGUGUUUGCGGAUGGAAUAGAGCGCGGAUGUAUUCAUAUCGUCGUAAAACAUCCUGCCGUUGCACGACACAUUCCAGCUGUUGAUAGGUGA